CAGUGCCUGUCGGCCGCCGUGGCCCGGGCUCCGAGUCCAGCUCCCGGUACAACCCCAGAGUGCCCGCCACCGCCGUCGCCGCCGCCUCCAGGUGAUGAGCCCUGCCACACGCCACUGCAUCCCCUUGCCUGGGGCUCUUGCUGAAUGAGGAGUCUUCCCUGAGAAGCCCUGUGUUUGGUCAUUAUUUCCCCCCGGUCCCUGGUCCUGCCAUGGACCCUAGUGGUGAAGGGGAGGAGCAGAUACCUGAAGAAGAAGCCUCAGGCCCUGGCCCUGGAGGAGCAAUGGGAAUAGGAAUCCAAGAGAAUGCCAAGAGUGGUCCUCGGAGUCUGGCCUGUAGCAAGGUUGAGCCCAAGAAAUAUGCAGUCACUGAUGAUUAUAAGCUGUCAAAACAAGUGCUGGGCCUGGGUGUGAAUGGAAAGGUCUUGGAAUGCUUCCACAGGGUGACAGGCCAGAAGUGUGCGCUGAAGCUCCUAUAUGACAGUCCCAAAGCUCGACAGGAAGUGGAGCAUCACUGGCAGGCCUCAGGUGGACCCCACAUUGUACGCAUCGUGGAUGUGUAUGAGAACAUGCAUCACAACAAGAGGUGCCUCCUUAUUGUCAUGGAAUGCAUGGAAGGUGGUGAGCUUUUUAGCAGGAUCCAGGAGCGAGGUGACCAGGCUUUCACCGAGAGAGAGGCCUCGGAGAUCAUGAGGGACAUUGGUACAGCCAUCCAGUACCUGCAUGCCAUGAACAUUGCCCACAGGGACGUCAAGCCAGAAAACCUGCUCUAUACCUCCAAAGGGCAAGACUCAGUGCUCAAGCUCACGGACUUUGGGUUUGCCAAGGAGACUACUCAGAAUGCCCUCCAGACGCCCUGCUACACACCCUAUUAUGUGGCCCCUGAAGUGCUGGGUCCCGAGAAAUAUGACAAGUCAUGUGACAUGUGGUCACUUGGGGUUAUCAUGUACAUCCUUCUUUGUGGCUUCCCUCCAUUCUACUCCAAUACCGGCCAGGCCAUUUCCCCUGGAAUGAAGAGACGGAUUCGAAUGGGACAGUAUGGAUUCCCCAAUCCUGAGUGGUCUGAUGUCUCAGAAGAAGCCAAGCAACUGAUCCGACUCUUGCUAAAGACAGAACCUACUGAAAGAAUGACCAUUGCUCAGUUCAUGAACCAUCCUUGGAUUAAUCAAUCAAUGGUGGUACCACAGACCCCUCUUCACACUGCCCGAGUCCUGCAGGAAGACAAAGACCAUUGGGAUGAAGUGAAGGAAGAGAUGACCAGCGCCCUGGCCACUAUGCGGGUAGAUUAUGACCAGGUGAAAAUCAAAGACUUGAAAACCUCAAACAACCGGCUCCUUAACAAGCGAAGAAAGAAGCAGGCUGGCGGGUCCACAUCCUCUACAGGCUGCAACAACCAGUAAGAAGAAGAGAGGCCUGAGGACUGAGGGGCCAGUGGGCAGUGAGUGAGUGGUGCCCAGCAGCCCAGCUCCAUCCUCCCCCAUCAUUUGGGGCAUGACUCAGGCUGGGCCUCGCACAGUGUUGGAGAACCAGGCCUGGCAGGAGCAGAGCAAGGACCGAUUCGGUUUCUGCCAAGACUCAGGACUAUUAGGGUGUAGGGCAUUUGGCCUUUUACACGAAACGGGGUCGUUCUGUUUUAAUGAAGUGUGGCAUUGGACUUAAAAAUGUUGGCGACGGGGGUGGUAUUUGGAAUUCCAGAGCUUUAGACGUACACCAAGGCAAGAGAGAAAGGCUUCACCAAAGUUGUUAGUUGAUCUUUCCUGUGCACAGCAGCUGGAGUUAGUUAUUUGUGUGUGUGUGGGGGGGGUAAUUCUCCAGGUUCUUUGGAAGAGGCUGAACAUUCUCACAUUAGUGCCUCCAUUACUCCCCUCAAGGAAAGAGGUACCUACCUGUCUAGUUUGAAAAACCUUUGCAAAGCAAAAUGCUCGGGGGAGCUGGAGCUAAUCAAAAGGUGACUUUAUUUCUUUCCUAGGUUUUCCUAACCACACUGACUUUUCAGGACUACUCCCAUAUGGAGUCUCCACUUUGGAAGCUAGAGUUCCAAAUUCCAUAGUUGUUCAGUCCCUUCCCCUCUCCCCUCACUGUUCCCACCUGCCAUGAAGAUGAGGGGAUCGGCAGAUAGAGAAGGGACCUAGGCUGCAUGAUGGCCCCAGAUCAGAGUUGACACCUUCCACAAUGACUGAGAGCCAGCACACAUGCAGCCUCCGACACCCCUGAAUUCAGAAUGGGUGGUCACUCUCAUAUCUCACUCUGCUUUCUUUCUUUCUCUGUCCCUUCUUCCCCCUUUUCUCUAUUUUCUCUUUAUGUCUUAAAAACUUUGACUGCAGAAUUUCCCUUCGGGCCACGCUCGUUCUCUUCAAAUCGUUUGGUACUGCUGGGUGAGGAGUGAAGGAAGGUGGUGGGUGUUGUGUGGGGAAGGAAGGCUGCUUGCUUUUCCUCUGUUGUUUCUCUGAGGCCUAGCCAGCCCAACCUGUCCCACUGGACACUUUCAGCUAGAAGAGAAUCUAAAAGAGGAGCCUACCGUCACAGCCCUCUUGCCUAACUCUAAUCUCAGAUGAUCCCAAAUGAUUCUUCACUCAUCUUGAGUGUUGUGAGUAUACCAGAACCUGUGUUCUGGGGCUUUCCUGGUCUUCAUCUCUCUGUCUGAAGAGUGGGACUGGGGUGAGGGGAUUCUUAGGUGGGUCUGGAGAUAGGCCUGGGGGUGAAGGAUGCUUUUAAUUCAUUCCAACUUUGCCAAAUGUCACUGUGACAAAAUACCAGCUAAAUUCCUUUGUCUUCACCAAACCCAGGGAGAAAACUAUCUGUUUUCUAUGCAUAUGUAUGUAAAUUUGGUUUUUAUCCUCUCCUUACUCAGGCCCUUAUUUGGACUG